CAUUACUGUCAUUCAUCUGUUUUGCUUCGCCAGUGUGUGAACAAGCAGUUUCCCCCAAUUCACUUUUCUCAUCCGAGUCGUCACGUAUUCCAAAUUUUUAACAAAAUUUCAAAAAUGGUGGGUAAAGGUCGCCACAACUAUCAUGAGGAAUCAGAAGCUUCGAUCAACAAGCAAAUCAACACCGAGCUGAAUGCCCAUUAUCAGUACCUGGCGUUGGCUGCCUUCUAUGAUCGUGAUGACGUGGCUCUCAAAGGCUUUCACAAAUUUUUCAAGGAUUCAGCUGAGGAAGAGAGUGAACAUGCUCAGAAACUAAUUAAAUACCAAAAUGAGCGUGGAGGACGAGUUGUACUGACAGCCAUCAACCGUCCAGCUCAACAAGAAUGGGCUUCUCCUCUGGUUGCAAUGGAAUUUGCUCUCAAUCUGGAAAAACAAGUCAAUCAGAGUCUGCUGGAUCUACACAAGGUGGCCAGUGGUCACAAUGAUCCACACCUUUCCAACUAUUUAGAGGAGCAUUUCUUGGAAGAGCAAGUGGAAUCCAUUAACAAGUUGGCCAAGCAUCAUACAAACUUGUUGCGUGUGGGUGAUGGCCUUGGAGUCUUCUUGUACGAUAAGGAACUACAAUCCUAAAGUGUUACAGACGUACUGGGAUCAAGAUAGAAAACGUCUGAAGUUUGGAGCACUUGUGUACCAGUAUACCAUAAAUUCCAUUGAUACAAUAGUUUGCAGAUGCUCCUCAUAAUUGGGCUGUUGAAUAAAACUGUGUUACCAUCAAA